GGAGCAGCCCUGGAAGCCCAGGUCUUCGUGCGGUGGCCUCGAGAGCCUAGAAGAUGUUUCACGGGAUCCCAGCCACGCCGGGAAUGGGCGCCCCUGGGAAUAAGCCGGAGCUGUAUGAGGAAGUGAAGUUGUACAAGAAUGCCAGGGAGCGGGAGAAGUAUGACAACAUGGCGGAGCUGUUUGCGGUGGUGAAGACCAUGCAGGCACUGGAGAAGGCAUACAUCAAGGACUGUGUCACCCCCAACGAGUACACGGCAGCCUGCUCCCGACUCCUGGUCCAGUACAAAGCUGCCUUUCGACAAGUGCAGGGCUCAGAAAUUAACUCCAUUGAUGAAUUCUGCCGCAAGUUCCGACUGGACUGCCCGCUGGCCAUGGAGCGGAUCAAGGAGGACCGGCCCAUUACCAUCAAGGAUGACAAGGGCAAUCUCAACCGCUGCAUCGCUGAUGUGGUCUCGCUCUUCAUCACAAUCAUGGAUAAGCUGCGUCUGGAGAUCCGCGCCAUGGACGAGAUUCAGCCGGACCUGCGAGAGCUAAUGGAGACCAUGCACAGGAUGAGCCACUUGCCCCCAGAUUUUGAGGGCCGCCAGACCGUCAGCCAGUGGUUGCAGACCCUGAGCGGCAUGUCUGCGUCUGAUGAACUGGGAGACUCUCAGGUGCGCCAGAUGCUCUUUGACCUGGAGUCCGCCUACAACGCCUUCAACCGCUUCCUGCACGCCUGACCUCCAGUGCUUUGUGUGCGCGCGAGGACAUUCAGAAGACAGAUUUAGGAGAUGGUCCUGGGUUCUUCUGCGCUCUUACUUGCCCUGGAUCUGUGUCUGUGUCGUUAGGACCUCACCCCCAUGAAGCUGUGUGACCCUCCUGCCAU